CGCGGGCCGCGACCUGGCACUCGCCUGGAGCGCGCGGGCGAGGCGGACGGAGGGCGCCUGAGCUCUAGGAGCGCACACAGGUGCGCUGGCUGCACUGGGCUCCGCGCCGAGGUGUGCGUGAGCGUCCCGGGCUGGGGCUCCGUGGAAAGCGGCUGCGGCUCUUAAGCACAGUCGGGCUCCCUGCCGGAGCCGGAGCCGGAACCGGGACGCCUCUUGGCCAUGGCUCUGGCCGACAGCACGCGAGGACUACCCAACGGGGGAGGUGGCGGAGGCGGCAGCGGCUCCUCGUCGUCUUCCGCCGAGCCGCCCCUCUUCCCCGAUAUCGUGGAGCUGAACGUGGGGGGCCAGGUGUAUGUGACCCGGCGCUGCACUGUGGUGUCGGUGCCGGACUCGCUGCUCUGGCGAAUGUUCACGCAGCAGCAGCCUCAGGAGCUGGCCCGGGACAGCAAAGGCCGCUUCUUUCUGGACCGGGACGGCUUCCUCUUCCGCUACAUCCUGGAUUACCUGCGGGACUUGCAGCUGGUGCUGCCCGAUUACUUUCCUGAGCGCAGCCGGCUGCAGCGCGAGGCUGAGUACUUCGAGCUGCCGGAGCUCGUGCGUCGCCUCGGCGCGCCUCAGCAGCCCGGCCCGGGGCCGCCGCCGCCACAUUCACGGCGCGGUGUGCACAAGGAGGGCUCCCUAGGCGAUGAGCUGGUCGCUCUGGGCUACGCGGAGCCCGAGCAGCAGGAGGGCGCGUCGGCCGGGGCACCGUCGCCCACUCUGGAGCCGGGCAGCCGCAGCCCGUCCGGGGGCGCGGUGGGCCCACUGCUCACGCCGUCCCAGUCGCUGGACGGCAGCCGGCGCUCGGGCUACAUCACCAUCGGCUACCGCGGCUCCUAUACCAUCGGGCGGGACGCGCAGGCGGACGCCAAGUUCCGGCGGGUGGCGCGCAUCACCGUGUGCGGCAAGACAUCGCUGGCCAAGGAGGUGUUCGGGGACACCCUGAACGAGAGCCGGGACCCUGACCGGCCGCCGGAACGCUACACCUCGCGUUAUUACCUCAAGUUCAACUUCCUGGAGCAGGCCUUCGACAAGCUGUCCGAGUCGGGCUUCCACAUGGUAGCCUGCAGCUCCACGGGCACCUGCGCCUUUGCCGGCAGCACCGACCAGAGCGAGGACAAGAUCUGGACCAGCUACACCGAGUACGUCUUCUGCAGGGAGUGAGCUCCCAGGACGUCUCGCGACUCCGGCAUUUGCCCCUACUCCUCGCCAGGAUACGAUUAGGAACACCCCCUUCCUCCCGAACCGAAGCCCUCAGACUCUCCCCUCGCCCCGCAGCUUCCUUGUCUCCCGUCCCGUGCCUGGCCCAGACCCUUCCGCCGCCCUCGCCACCCACUCCAGAAUUUGCGGCUGAAAAUCCAUCCUCUGGGCUGCUUCGUUUUUGGAUUCCUUCUAGCAGAGGGGGCCCCGGGACACUCCACACCCCCACCCAUCCUGUGCUUCCUUUCUCGCUGCCUCAAACCACCCCUCCCCCAGCUUGUACCUCCCUCUGGAUCCAGCUGGGCCCCAAGUCGCUGUGCACCUGGGAGUGGCCGAAGUCAAGUUCGGAACCUGAUUGGACCAUGUCCACUGCGUCGUAGAGCCCUUGAGAUAUUCCGGAUCCCUUGGGACUCCUGUGCGGUGUAAGGGAUCCGACUGGGUUAACAGUGCCCCAGAGUAGAAUUGUUUAUUUUUUAAGAGGUUACUGCAGUGUCUGACCCUCUUAGAGGUA